GUCCGCGCGCAUCUCCCACUCAACUUGGACUUCCAUCAACAACUCAUCCCGUCAGGAAAUGCUCAGUGGUAGUCAUGGCGCCGUAUCCGGGGUCUGAUGCAGACUACUUCAAGGACAAGGCGCGUAGGGAUCUGCUGACCCUCCUCGAAGGCGUCCGCGGUAAAAAGAAUCUCAUCGUCAGUCAAGAUCUGGCUGGACCAGUCGGGCUGUUCGUCAAGUUCUCUUUGCUUCAAGAGUACGGUGUAGAUCGUGUCUUCUUGCUGGAAAAUGGCAAUGUGGACUCCUCACAACGCAAUGUUGUCUUCCUAGCGCAUGCUGAGAGGCUUCCUCAGGUGCGGGCUGUGGCAGAACAGGUUAAGCGCCUGCAGCGCAACGGCAAUGUUGAGCAUGAAAUCUCCAUCUUCUGGGUCCCGAGACGGACCCUUGUAAGCAAUGCUAUCCUCGAGGAAGCAGGCAUCAUCGGAGACGUGAGCAUUGCCGAGUUUCCACUGUUUUUCCUGCCGCUUGAACAAGAUGUGCUGUCUUUGGAGUUGGAGGACGCCUUCAGCGAUCUUUACCUGCAUAAAGACCCGGGAUGCAUCUUCCACUCCGCCAAGGCCCUCAUGGACAUCCAGCAGAGACACGGGUACUUCCCUCGAAUCAUCGGCAAGGGUGAUCAUGCACGACGACUAGCCGACUUGCUCCUUCGAAUGCGAAAAGAAUUGGACGCCGAAGAGAGCUCAGGGCUUGCUAGAGUGUCGGCUCGCGGUCUCUUGCCCAGUGCGACCACAGAAAGCCUCAUUAUUAUCGAUCGCGAAGUGGACUUCGGUACUCCUCUCCUGACCCAACUGACCUACGAAGGCCUCAUUGAUGAGACGGUCGGCAUUAAGAACAAUCAAGCCGACAUCGACACCUCCAUUAUUGGCGGCGCAGCCUCUGUUUCUCAAGCCCAAGAGGCGUCGAAAGGGCCGCAACAGUCCUCUUCCUCCAAACAGCACCAGAAGCGUAAGAUCCAGCUAGACUCCUCCGACCAGCUCUUUAGCCAACUGCGUGACGCCAACUUCGCCAUUGUUGGCGACAUUCUGAACAAAGUCGCGCGCCGCCUCGAAAGCGACUACGAGAGCCGGCACUCCGCCAAAACGACGACCGAGCUGCGCGAAUUUGUGAACAAACUCCCUUCAUAUCAGCUCGAGCACCAGAGUCUUCGCGUGCACACCAACCUUGCCGAGGAGAUCAUGCGCAACACUCGCGCCGACAUCUUCCGCAAGGUUCUAGAAAUCCAGCAGAACUACGCAGCGGGGACCGAUCCGACCUACCACCAUGACGCGGUGGAGGAGCUCAUCGCUCGCGACGUGCCUCUCACAGCCGUGCUGCGGCUUCUUUGCCUGGAAUCCUGCAUGUCCGGCGGUCUGCGGCCGCGGGACCUCGAGACUUUCAAGCGACAGGUAGUCCAAGCGUACGGCCACCAACACAUCUUGACCUUCUGCGCCCUCGAGAAGAUGCAGCUGCUGCUCCCACGGGCCUCCUCCGCAACCAGCGCCCUCCUCCUUCCCACCGCGACGCCCGCGGGAGGCUCCCACCACCAGCAGAACACCAGCCCCCGCACCAACUACCACUCCCUCCGCAAGACCCUCCGCCUCGUCGUCGAGGAGGUCAGCGAGAAGGAUCCCAACGACGUCGCUUACGUAUACAGCGGCUUUGCGCCCCUCAGCAUCCGCCUGGUGCAGUGUGUCCUGCAAAAACCGUACAUCCUGUCUCUGGUGCGGGGCGGACCCGUGGCGAGCGCGACCACCGCCCCCACAGCCACCCCUGCGAGUGUCUCGUCGCCUGGCUGGCUGGGCUUCGAGGACGUGGUCAAGAGCGCUCGCGGGGCGACAUUCAGUAUUGUGCAGAAGGGCGACGACAAGGCGGUGCGGGCCCGGCAGACGAUCAGCGGCGCGCCUGCCAUCAAGACGGUGUAUGUUUUCUUCCUGGGCGGCAUCACCUUCACGGAGAUUGCGGCGUUGAGGUUCAUCGCCGCUCAGGAGGCGUCGCGGCGGCGGAUCAUCAUCUGCACGACGGGGAUUGUGAAUGGGGAUCGGAUGAUGGAGGCGGCGAUUGAGAAGGGGAACUUUGCUUGAGGAUCGGUUGCGAGAAUAGUCGUCGAUCCAAACCAUUGUAGCGAUUGAGAAGUCUGGUUUGGGGGUUUGUCUUGUUGUUCCUUGCGGCUGUUCCACAAUGACCUAAUGAAGAACUUGUAAAUCUCAC